AUUCUCAUUUCCAAGUCUCAGUUUUCCCCAACAUUCCCUCAGUAUCUCAAGACAGCAUAUCCCCCUUGAUCAAUCAAACCCAUGAAUUCCGGAGGAACAGAGAAAGAAGAAGAGAAGGAGAUGGGUGGGAUAUCCAAGGAGGCUCAGCUAUCUUUUGCUGCUUCUUCUAUGUUUCCCGGGUUUCGGUUCUCGCCGACAGAUGAGGAGUUGAUCUCUUACUACCUUAAGAAUAAGCUGGACAACCCCGAGAGGAGCGUUGAGGUUAUCUCCGAGGUUGAUAUAUGCACCUUCGAGCCCUGGGACUUACCAGCUAAAGCUGUCAUUCAAUCAGAGAAUGAGUGGUUAUUCUUUUCUCCACGGGGUAGAAAGUAUCCAAAUGGUUCACAGAGCAGGAGGGCGACUGAACUUGGCUAUUGGAAAGCCACAGGCAAAGAACGUUAUGUCAAGUCAAAUUCUAUUGUUAUCGGUACCAAGAGGACACUUGUGUUCCACAUCGGUCGUGCCCCGAAAGGUGAAAGGACAGAAUGGAUUAUGCAAGAAUACCGCAUGGUGAAUGAUAAAUCGCAGGAUUCUAUGGUUGUUUGCCGCCUCAGGAAGAAUAGUGAAUUCCGUCUGAAUCAUACCACAAAUCGAGGUUCCACAAGUCAAAGCCCUUCAUCAACUGUGCAAAAUAAUGAAAAUGUUGUAUCCGAAAACGGUACUAAUCAAGGGGACAAGGCAACUGAAUGCUACUCGAAGAAAUCUGCUAGCAGUUAUGAUUCUCAUUCUAUUGAGCAAAUGGAUUCUGCAUAUGAUUCCUAUCAAAAACUAACACCAGAAGUGACACAAAUAGAAUCAUCUGGGUGCCAAAAGGGUUUAUCUGAUGAUGACUACUUCGCUGAUAUACUUAAAGAUGAUAUAAUCAUGCUAGAUGAAUCUUCAGUCUUUGUUGCGAAUAACAAACAACCAGUGGUUGCAAAUAAUUUGGAAGGCCAACAAGAAUCGGUGCAAGCCAUUGUGUCUCAGGACAUUCCUUUCCAAGGUACUGCAAAUCGAAGAAUCAGAUUAAGGGGAAAGUUGGAGUUAUAUUCACAAGCAUCAAUUGAACAUACCUCGUCGGGCCAGUCUAAAAGUUUGGCAAAUAGUCACGUCUUGAUAUAUGUAAUUUUGUGUUUUCUAGUAUUGCUGGUUCUGUUUCUGUCAGAUUUUUGUUUGCCUAAAAUUUCUAGGUCUCUUCCAUUUUAUGUAGCGAGGUUUCUGCCUAGUGAUAAUAUGAAGUCUGUAAAGUUUCUCGACAGAUAAUGUUGUACAAAGUUUCAUCUGCUAAAUGUAAAUAUAGACUUCUUGUACUUGCUGUA